UUUUACUGUAUGGACUCUUGCUCAGUAGCAUGGGAGAAGAGGAAGGACUACAUCAAACACCAUUACUGAGGUUAAGCAUGCAAGUAGAAACUUGGGAAGAGCGAGGAGAAACUACCUCUCCAGUAGGCGAAAUGCAGCCACUGAGGCGCUUGCUUCUGUGCGAAGCAACGGCUCCUGACUUCCAUCAAGUGUGGAACUUCAUGGGAGGCAGGAGCCGGAAGCUCCAGCCUUUCCGAUGCCUCUCUCCGAUGCCUUGAGUUGUGGACCUGCUCACCCCUGCUUCCCGAAUGCCGUCUUUAGGACCCAGUCCAUAUGUUCCUGACCUCUCUUGUACCACAGUGGCCAUUCUAUAACCUGGACACAAUGUUUGUACGAGGACUGAAGAGAAAAUGUUUUGAUGGUGAAGAAGAUAUUGAAGGAACUCUGGCUGGUAUUAAAGCUAUUCCUUCAUAUAAUCUUCAGAGACAGUCACUUUUAGACAUGUCCUUGGUUAAGCUCCAGCUGUGCCACAUGCUGGUUGAACCUAACCUUUGUCGUUCGGUACUUAUAGCCAACACAGUACGACAGAUCCAGGAGGAAAUGACCCAAGAUGGGACUUGGCAGAUGAUAAAUACACAGAGUACAGGGCAAACGUCCCUGGAUCGUCUUGUUUCAACGGAUAUCCUCUGCCGCUCAUCCAGGGAACAAGCUGAGGGAAAGCAGGUUCCAGGUUACAGUUCUUUCAAUAAAGACUUUGAGGAUGAUCAGACACAAGACAGUUCAGAAACUAUGUCCACGUCUUCUUCAGUGCAAACUCCAAGAAACCUGCAAAGCAAUGUGUGGGAAAUGGAGAAUCCGCAAGAAAGCAGAGGAAACUUUCAAAAGUCAUUAGAUCAAAUAUUUGAGACACUGGAGAAUAAGAACCCUAAUUCUGUUGAAGAUCUGUUUUCAGAAGUUGACAAUUCUUACUAUGAUCUUGAUACAAUGUUAACAGGAAUGAUGAGCAACACAAAAAUGGGACACUGCGAUGGGCUUGAAACGUUUUCUUCUCCAACAACUGCAACGUCUAACUCUAAUUGUAAAUCUGAUCUUAAUGAGCUUGAUCAUAUUGUGGAAAUCCUUGUUGAAUCUUGAGACUGCUCGUCUAGGAGAUAAAUAUCUGUUAUUGGAUAUGAAAGACUUAAACUAUUUCAACAUAGUUUUUUUCUAUCAAAACUGCUAGUGUAUUUUUCAAAUAUCUAUAUAUUAUAUAGAUAUAUAUAUUAAAAAGCACUUCAUAUUGCAAAAUCAUGUUAACUCUUAAAGUUAACCUGCAACUUGUAGUGUAAUAGUUUCAGUUUAUUGUCAUUGAACUGUAAGUACCUGACGGUAAAAGUUUCAAGUUAGAGGUCUGAGGCUUUUAAAAUUGGGUUCCUUUUGCCAAUUUAUUUUAGCCUUUGGAAGAUAAGUUUUGCAAGAGGGAUUCUCUCAUCUUUCUUACUCUUCCCUCAGUUAAAAAAAAAAAAAAAAAAAAAAAGUCAUAAGUGUAAGUUGGAUAACUGGUUUUCUAUUUUUCCAGGCCAACACUUUGUUACACCACAACUCCUGCCAUAUCUGCUGCUUCUGUUGUAAGUUGCUGCAUGGCUCUUAAAGAGCAGUAUGCAAUAGCUCCCAUUAUCUUAGCUAGCUUAUUCUGGGUUUUGCUACUAUUUUUUCCUUUGAAAAUAGUUUUAAAGUGUUUAUUCGUGUUUAGAUUUUUUCCAGGUAUUUUCCUAAGAUAUUUUUUUACUACAAAUGUUGUGUCAGCUGCUAACUUAGUAACUUUAACUUUUGAUCAUAUCUGCAGUUGAUGUAUUUUUUGAAAGAUUUUUCAAAAAGGGAUGUUUUUUACCAUGAGCUACCCAAUGUAGUUCAGUAAAGUGUUUGUAAAUGUAAAUAUAUGAUUUUAUACUUUACAUUAAAAUGUAAGAGCUGUUUUCAUGAUUCUGUUUUAUAGAGUAGUACUUUACUAAAUUGAGAUUUCUACAAUUACACUUUUUAUGCCACGUAUAGUUGAGUGUCAUUAGAGAGGAAGAGCUCUGAUCCAGCUAAAUACAAUUACAUUUAAUUCAGUUCAGACCAUAUUUGUUGUUAACUUCAAACCUAAAUUACGUAGGUCUUAUUUAUGUGUAUUUAUAUGUAAAUGUCAUCAACUGAAUUGUUUAUCACUGAAGUCUGCCAUCAA